GAAGGAAAUGAGAUUUUGCAGAGGGGGAAAAGUAGAGGAAAGUCUCUUGACAGCAGAAAUCGCUCGACGCCACCGACUGGAGUUUUACCUUUAUUAUAUUAUUUUCUUCCUCAGUAAAUCCUUCCGGGUUUGCAUCCUGGUAUUUGGAGUCAGUCGGGAGCCAUCGAGGUAUGGAAUAUGGCAACAACUGAAACGCAGUUUAUGUUAAGCGUCGGGUUAAUUGAGAAGGAUGUGAAUGGAGACACACUGUGGGUGUGGUGCUAUCCCUCUGUGGACUCACAGCUGAGGGAGGUCCUGCUCAGUAAGUGCUGUCUAACGCAGCAUGGCCGGGAUUUCCACCCCUUCGUGUUUGGACAGUUCUGUCGUGCCUGGUUCUACAUCAGCACAGUGGAAGUACAGGAACCGACGGCUCUACAGAAGGUCACUCACUUUUCAAUAGUCGUUACAGCAAAAGACUUCAACCCUGAGAAGUAUGCUGCUCUUAGUAGAAUACUCUGCAGGAUGUACGUCAAACAUGGCAGCCCGGUGAGGAUGAUGGAGGCUUACCUCACUGUUCUCACCAAAGGAAUCUGUCAGAGUGAUGAAAAUGGCUCGUUCCUCAUCAAGGACUAUGACGUGCGGAAGGCGUAUCUGGCCGGUUCAGUCAAAGAUAUGGUGUCUCAGUUUGGUAUGGAGACCAUCAUCCUGUAUACCGCUCUCAUGUUAAAGAAGAGGAUCGUCGUCCAUCACCCUCGUAUUGAAGCGUUGUUGGAGUUUACAAGGGUUCUGCCGGCUCUGACGUGGCACAGGAAAGACUGGUCCAUCCUGCACCCGUAUGUUCACCUGACCGACGCUGAACUGGAGGAUUUAAAGAAAUGCCCCGGUUACGUAGCAGGAUUUGUAGAUCCAGAAGUGAGCAACAGGUCAGACUUGUUUGAUGUGUUUGUGAACCUCCCUGACAGCGUCAUCACCGUGUCCCAGAGUGCCAAAGAGGCCAUGGCUAUGGGGAAGCUACACAAAGAUGUCGGCCACCUCAUUGUCCAGUCUGCAGAGGAUGCAGAGAAAUCGGACAGUCAGGUGAUCAAGGACAUCUCUGUUAAGACCACAGAGAUCGUCGCCAACCUGGUGGCCCUGGCUGACGAGUGUGAAGACGCUAAAAUCACACUGGAAGGUUUAAAGCAGCAUUGUUUCCCUCCAGCGACCGAGAACUUCCUCUUUCACUUGGCAGCUGCCGAGCAGCUCUUGAGGAUAUAAACCUGUUUUCCGAUGCUUCGCUGCUGGAGUGUGGAUUCUGGCUCUGCUCUUUUGUACAUGUUGGGAAAAUGAUAGUUUCCGUUUGUACAGACGUCUGCUGUUAUCAUGAGAGUAAGAUGUGAGAUGUAAGACUGUUACCUACAUGUGAAGUAAGUGUCACUAGCAUCAAAUUCCAGCUCGCACUGUUGUGCUAACAUUACUGCUUUCAGACGGCACUGAAGUCUGCACAUUUUCCGGAGGGGCUGUAUGUGAGAACGCACUUAUCCGCAAAUGUUGCUCUCGACAUUGUCCGGGAAUUUUCCUGCCAGACCUUUAGUAAAAUAUCUGGGAUGUCCAAGUGAGCCUAUGUGAGAAUACAGCAGGAAAAUCACUGAAAGAUUCAUGGCGAGCAAGUGUGCGCUCUACCCAGGUGCCACUCUUCACGUGAAUGUUCUGGACAUUUUCCCCUUUGUUGUUAAUGCGUCGGACUCCGAAAAUCUCCUGGUGCGUUCAUCACAUGCAAACGGCAAACGGCAAACUUCGGAAAAUGUCCAGACCUAAUUUUCCGGACACCUCCCAGAGAUUCAUGUCUGAAAACAGGAGACAGCUGGUUCAUCUCUUAGUGCUUUUCAGAUUCCUUGGUCUGAAAGGGUCCGACUUUGAUAUAUUAACAGCAGCUUAAGUAAAUCGGAUGUGACUUAUUACUGAUUACUUAGUUAAUAGAAACUGUGUUGUAUGUUUUUAUUUUUAUAAUCAGAUACGACUGCAAUAGACACAAAACGUGGUUUUAUUUACAUUCUAUUUAAACAAUGUCACCUUUUGUACUAAAGACUCAAGUGUCACAACUGAAAUUUAAGCAGAUUGUUUCAUGAGGCUUUUUCAAACUGUUUUUUUUUUUUAAAUCCUCAUCAAUGCAGCUGAUAAAGUAAUGAUUUACAUUACAUUUAAUAAUGUUUGUCCUACUGUUCAGGUUCAUUUUUAUUUCAUCUAAUUAGAAAUGUUUAGUUACUGCCGAGUACAAUAUCAGCCGCUUUGACAAAAAGGAUGAUUGUGUCCCUCAGUAUUUCAGAUAGGACACACAUACAUGGGAAUGCUCAUGUAAGUUUCACAACAAAAAUGUAUUUUCAUAAAUUGAUGUAACAUUUCCUACCUAUAGAAACACCUAAUAUUCCAACUAAAUAAAUUUAUUAUGAGAAAA